AUGGCCCACAGCAAGAACAUAGGUGCAGGUGAAGCACGUGUUGAUCCACGCAAGCUAUUCCGAAACGCCAAACUGGCGAGUGAACUUCCCAGCGAAUACCUCGGCGACUUCGAUGACCUGGAAUGGGUGCAAGCGAUCAUUCGUGAUCCAGCAUGGGAAGAAAUUGUAUACCCAUCGCGAACUAUCACAAGAAAUUCCACGACGCAGUCUCUAUUCAGCCGGACCUUUGCGACUUUAGAUACUCUCCGAGCAUGUCAAGCGUUCGCCAGAACUCACGACGCACAAAGUGGAGAGAAAUCUGGAGCCAGCGUCCACAAGAAGGAAGAAGCUAUAGUCAUAGUCAGUCUGGGUCGCGGCCUGGACGGCCAUCCAGGACUGGCUCAUGGAGGUACUAUUGCAGCGCUGUUCGAUGAGUGCCUCGGAGUCGGGGCUGUUCGAGUUUUGACGCGACCUUCCAUGACGGGUCAGCUCACGAUCAAGUACAAGGCGCCAGUGCCGACACCAAGCGUGGUACUUGUUCGCUGUUCGCUGUCAGAGCAUGAAGGCCGCAAGGCGUGGGUCAGCGGGACCAUGGAAGAUGGCAUGGGCAAAGUCUACGCCGAAUCCGAAGCCUUAUUCAUAAUGCAACGAGAUAAGCUAUGA